UGCGCGGCGGGCAGGGAGCGUGUCUCCCCCUAGCGGCGGUUCUGGCCCCCUCAGACGCUGGGCCGCGGGUUCGAGUCCCGGCGGUGCCCGGUGGCACCGGGCGCUGUGGGCUGCGGUGAAUCCCGGGCUGCAGAGGGUCCAGGAGAAGCGACCAUGUCCAUCGCCGCCGCCAACACCAGCAUGAGGGUGCCCGCCGGCUUCCGGAACCUGCUGGAGGGACUGGCACGGGAAGUGCUGCGGGAGCAGCCCACCGACGUGGUGGCCUUUGCAGCGCAAUACUUCCAAAAGCUGCUGGAGAGCAGAGAGGCUGGUGGCAUUGACCCGGUGGCGUGGGGAGCCAUGCUGGAGGACGACCGUCUCACCUGGCCUCCUUCCGAGGACCUGAAAGAGGCCAAGGACACGGAGGGGUAGCAGGCAGCACUGGCAGGGGCAGGCAGCAGGCACAGCUCUGGAUCACUGUGAUUCCACCCCAAAACGAGUGGAGAGGAGCCAAAGGGGAGCAUGUCCCCGUAACCCUCAUGAACUGGGACACCUCUCUGGAGAUGCAACCGCAGCACUUGCCCCAACUCCCCCAUUUCCCACUGUCCAACCCCAAAACUAAAAAAAGCCCCUUGGUCCUCCCCUGGCUCCUGCCCUUUUCCCGUGGGUGGGUGCUCCACUCCCAUCCUGCCCCUGCGGUGCUGUUUUAAUGAGGAAUUUUAUUAACGAGGUCCCCGCUGUUAUUAAUGUCGAUCACUUGAGAUUUCUCCCCGAAAAAUCCUGGGUUUGGGGCUGAGCUGAGUACGGGAUGAUAUUUUUAGCCUCUAUAUUUAGGCCCCUGCAUCCCUGGAGGAUGGAAGAAACUUCAUAACAUCCCAGCGUGAAGGAAUGAUGUGACAUUGCUCCUCCAUAAGCUGAGAUACCUCCAUGGAAUUCUGGGGGGCACACAAGAGGCCCCCAGUCCUAUUUCCACUUGUGAAAUUCAUAUUUUCCAAUACAGCGCGGUUUCAAAAUCCCCCCCAAAAAGUGGGGUUUGCGUCGAAGCCGGCUGCUCUAUUUUUGGAGAGGACUGAACCCCCCCAUCCAUGCUCACCCCGUUUUUACCCCCUCUUUCCUGUUUUCCAUCGCCAUAUGUGGCGCUCGCCCACGGCACGGGGCAUGACAGCGGCUCCCCCGGGAAAAACAGGAAGGAGGGAUGGGGAAAAAAAGCUGGCGGGGACCCCGUGCCGGGGCUGAUGCCAACCAGCUACGCCUUGACCCCCCCUCCAGCACCGCCCCGCCGGCUGCCGGCUCCUGCUUCGCCCAGGGCAGCAUUCCAGCAUCCAAUUCCCUUUGCUUUUAAGGUUUUUUCCCCUGUUUUUAAAGGAUUUUUUAACACCUCGGUGCCACCAUCUCGAACCACGACGGCGGGAUGUUCUCAGCGGGUCUCGCCGGCUGCACUUGUCGUUCUGCCCUUCCAAAAUCUGAGUUGUUGCCUUGGAAUUCGAAUGUUGGAGGUGCUGGAGCACCUGAAAAAGCAUCCUUCAGAUGAAGGGGUCCAAGGAGGAAAAAUGCAGAGCCUGGAACAGGCUCAAACCCGCCAUUAAUGAUUAGAAAUGUUCUGGCAUUUCGCGUCCCUCCUCCGCAGCCGCAGCCUGCGGGAGACGGCGGCGCUCGGCGGCUCUGCCAGGACCCGGCUGCCAUGGAGGGAGCAGAUUCUGGGGGCUAAUUGAGGGACUAAUCCUCCUUUUGGGGCUAACUUCUCAGAUCCAUGACCCCGAAUGAUUGACUCAGGUCAAUCAGCCCAAAAACCCUUCCCACUUAACAAACAGCCGGUCUUCUCUCAUUGGAGCAGGCAGUGAUGGAUCUGGAGGGUCUAAAAUCCAGGGAAGGAUCUCUUCCCAUCAAAAAUCCCAGCAGAGCUGCCAAGGCUUCUCCUGGAAGCUGCAGCAGGGUUUUCUGGAGCAGAGCUCUUCCCACCCCCCACCCACCGUGGUGUGCUUGUGGAAAGAAGUGAUGGUGGAAAAGCUCUCCAGUGGGAGAGCGGAGUGGCUCACAGGGGAUUUGAGGGAUGCCUGGAAGCAUUUCCCAAGGGGAAUUUGGGUGCCUGGCAUGUGCUGGGGCAGGGGUGACCCCCAUCAACCUCCAAGUGUGGGUGAGGCUGCUGAGGGAGGUGGCAGUGGUGGG